AUGGCCCGGUGAGGGGAAGUGGAGAACAAUAAGCCGGGGGAGCAUCCGCGUCACUGUGACAAGAACCCCCCCCCAAAAAAAUUAAAUAAAUAAAUAAAUAAAGAGCACCCCCUGGAAGUUUCUGAGGAAAAUCCCUCCGCUUUGGAUGCAGUUCAAGUCAAAGCGUGUGCCCGGCCGGAGAGCCCGGUGCCAGGGAGCUGUGCGCCUCACUGCCUCCGCAUGCAACGCGGACUAGCAGGGGAGGGAGGGGGGCUGUGAUGCGGCGCAAAGCGACAAACCAGGCGGACUCGAGUCGCCCCCCUCUUAAAGGAAUGACAAAUCCCCACGGUAUCGUCGCGUAAGUGGCUGCUUACACACGACAGCGGGGACGAAAUUAAUGUCCCGUCCCUCCUCUGAUGUCAAACAACCUCGCAUGCUGACUUCCGCCCCGAGGCUCCCCUUCCUUCUGCAUCAGCCGGCGAGCAGUCGCUAUGACAGGAGGAUACAACAGCACCGCGGCGAGUCACGAAAACCUCACUUAAAAAACUUCAUUUGGCGACAAGUAGGCGGACGUCCUGCUCAGCUGAUAACAGAACUGUCACAUUUCAGCUCAUCUCCACCAUGAGUUACACCAUCCAUAAGGUAGUGAAUCUAUUGCUACGUGGACUCGUCAUCUAUGCGGUACUGGGCUUGGAGAGCACUUACUCGAAUGAUCUACCCAACCACUCGUCUGAUACUGCAAAUGUAGCCACCACAGACCCCUGUCUGAUGGUGAUGCCGCCAUGCAUGGGCGACGCCGACCGCUUCAGCCUGGAGGCCCUGCGCCACAUCCACAAACAGCUGGACGACGACAAUGACGGGGGCAUAGAGGUCAACGAGAGCGUGGAGUUUAUCAUAGAGGACAUGAAGCAGCAGCAAACCAACAAACACAGCAACCUGCACCGUGAGGACCAGCACAUCACCGUGGAGGAGCUGUGGAAGGGCUGGAAGACCUCCGAAGUCCACAACUGGACCAUGGAGGAUGCGGUGCAGUGGCUGAAGGAGUCGGUGGAGCUGCCUCAGUACGAGAGGAACUUCCGGGACUUCCGGGUCACAGGGAACACCUUACCACGAAUAGCAGCCAAUGAACCGUCAUUUAUGUCGAUGCAGCUGAAGAUAAUAGACCAGCGGCAUAAACAAAAGCUCAACCUGAAGGCGCUAGACGCAGUGCUUUUUGGCCCUCCUCUGCGUCCGCAGCAUAACUGGAUGAAAGACUUCAUCCUGAUGGUUUCCAUAGUGAUCGGCGUCGGGGGCUGCUGGUUUGCCUACGUGCAGAACAAGUCCAGCAAGGUGCACAUCUCCCAGAUGAUGAGGGAUCUGGAGAGCCUGCAGAACGCCGAGCAAAGCCUGCUGGAUCUGCAGAGCCGACUGGAAAAGGCCCAGGAGGAGAACCGGACGGUGGCCGUGGAGAAGCAGAACUUGGAGCAGAAGAUGAGGGAUGAGAUCUCCGGGGCUAAAAAGGAGGCUCACCGGCUUCGAGAGCUGCGGCAGGGGGCUGAGUGUGAGCUCAGCCGGCUCAAAUACGCAGAGGAGGAACUAGUACAGGUGCGCAUGGCUCUGAAGCGAGCAGAGAAAGAGAUGCAGUCCGAGUGGUCGGUGCCUGAAGCCCUUCAGAUGUGGCUGCAGCUCACCCACGAGGUGGAGGUGCAGUACUACAACAUCAAGAAACAAAGCGCCGAGCUCCAGCUGUCUGUCGCCAAGGACGAGGCAGAGAAAAUAAAAAAGAAGAGGAGUUCUGUGUUUGGUACUCUUCAUGUGGCCCACAGUUCAUCACUGGACGAGGUGGACCACAAGAUACUAGAAGCAAAGAAAGCUUUGUCUGAGGUAACGGCGUGCCUGAGGGAGCGCCUUCACCGCUGGCAGCAGAUCGAGAAGCUCUGCGGCUUCCCCGUGGUCAACAACUCGGGACUGCCGAGCCUGACGGCCAGCCUGUACUCGGACCACAGCUGGGUGGUCAUGCCCCGCGUGUCGGUGCCCCCCUACCCCAUCGCCGGAGGAGUGGAUGACCUGGAUGAGGACACACCUCCCAUCAUUCCACAGUUCACAACACCUGUUCUCUCCCUCGUCCGUUCCCCAGCGUCAACACUCAUCCGCCCGCCGCUGACGCGCAGCAGCAGCCUGUGUCGUUCUCGCCGGAGCCUGCUCAGCUCGCCGCAGUCCUCGCUGAUGUCUCCAGACCCCGACCUGCUGUCCAUGGCCAGCUCGCCCCUCUCCUACCACCCCGAGGCAGACGAGGAACAUAUCUACUUCAGUUCAGACAGGAGGGGGGAGACGGCUCCGGAGAGCUGCUCCGACACAGACUCUCUCAACUCCUCCGUGGGGCGCAAGCAGCUGCAGAGCACAGAGACCCCCUACCGCAAGAUCUCCCGCGAGGAGCUGCUGCUGUUCAGCCAGUGUCAGGAGCUUCCCGCGUCCGCCCCCGCCACCGCCGCCACCUCCUCCUCCUCCUCCUCUUCCUCCACCACCACCCACACCAGCAGCAGCAGCCUCAGGGACUCCACCCCUCCUCCUCUGCCGCCCACUCCGGCCACCACCCCGUCCAGCCCGCCCUCCACCUCGCCGUCUCCCGCCUUGGAGCACCACACGUUCGCGCACAAGGGCUCACCCGACCUCACCCGCAUCAUCCCCGAGUCGCAGAGUAUACCCUUCUCCCAGGGGCACGCCACCACCCCGACGGGCAAGGGCAUGAACAACGGCAUCUUGGAGAAGUCCUACAGCUUUGGCCAGCUGCCCGCGAGCAUGCUGCCCGGCGGGGGCGUGGGCCGCUACCCGUCUCUUACCUCCCUGGACUCGGAGGGCCGCAGCGUGGGCAAGGAGUACAAGCUCCAGAGCACCUCCUCCCAGGACUCCAGCGACAACGGGGAGAGAAUCAAGCGCUCCUCUUCGAAAAUUAAGAGCCUGUUCAAGAAGAAAAAAUAAAACUCGCUUGAGGGGGAAAGAGUGAGAGAGAGAGAGAGGGAGGGAUAAAAUAUAAAGAGAAAGUCGUUUUAGCCCUAAUACUAAAUUUUUUAAAAAAUGGACGUCAUCUUAAGCUAAAACAUUUUCUUUUUCAUUUUCUCUCUCAUUGUUGUCUUUUUUUUUUUCUUUUUUUUUUUUUUUUGUCAGAGAUGGAAUGUAGCUCAGUCUGGGUGCCUCGAACCCCCCAGAUUGGUAGCCUUAUUUUUCAAUAAUGCCUUUUUAUUUAGUUCACUCAUAGCCUCACAGGGGAACUUUCAAAGGUCAAGGAAAAGUCAUCGAAAGGUCAAAGGGUCAGCAGUCAUGCCGAGGUGUCCUCCACACAGCCAAGGCGCAUGACCUGCACACUGUCUUCUCUUAAUCUUUUUUUUUGAGUUUGAACCAAAAAGCCACUAAGUGAAAAGGUCUAAAGGUGCAAUCCAUAAGUUUAGUUUUUAGCACACAUUGUGACUGUACAAACCAUUUGUCAUGUGUAGUGUUUCACUGUUGUACUGUACCUGAUCAUGUAAACCUCCUUCUUAAGCAGCCAUGUCUUCUUUGCUCCUACUGCAAGGAUUGAAAAGACACUUUCAGUAGUGAGAGCGGCAUAGGAAAAUAGAGAUUUCUGAAUUACAUUUAUGACAGUUUCUCUCUAAAUGCAUCCCAGACAUUUUCCCCCACUCAGAUUAUGGAUUGCAUCUUGUCAAGUGUUUCAGUCAUGGGCUUUUCUUGCUUUAGGUGAGCUCCAGUUAUGGAAGCUCCCGAGCUCAUGUACAUGAUUAAUUUCCUUUGAAAAAGCCUGCUAAAGUUUGUUGCACUACUGCUUUCCUGGUAUUUGGGAAAGGGCCGCUGCUUGCGGAGUACAUACUGAAUAAAGACUUAGAGAUGAGAGGAAGGCAUGGCCAGCGGCAGUGGAGAUGCAGCACAUAAUGUCAGAGCCAAAAUUAUGUGACGUGUCUUCAGUGCCGCUGUCUAUGCGUUUCUCGGUAUAUAUAAAUAUACAUUGUUUUUACAUUAUUAUGUUCUUAUAGAUGUUUUUAAAUAGAUUUUUAUUGGUGGGGGUUCAUAAGGAGUGAUUUUUACUGAAGAAAGUUUAACGAUUAUGCAGAUUUAACCCACUCAAACCCCAAUGUGUAACCGUCCUUUAUUACUUGAUUAACUGCAGCCAUACCGAUACCCUUUUACUUUAUUUGUUUGUAACACCCUGUGUCCAUAUCAGACUGUGGUCAAAUUCCAUGUGCAUUUAAUAGUUCUCAUCGUCUUUUUGAAUACCAUAUGCAUGGCGAUUGCCACAUGAGACAAUACAAAAGUACCAAAACGUCUUGACAAUUACGGGAAAGCGAGUGAAGUAUGCUUUCUGUGAUUGACGACAUACUUAAUGCUAUGUGAAUUAUCCUUGUAAUAAAGGAACAUAAAUGAAGGAAAGGAAACUGCAUCAUAGCAACAGCAUUCCAACUUUGCAUUGGUGCCACUAAUACUGAAGUCUCUCCUUGUUAUGGGUCUCAAAAGGACUGAACGAUACGGUUAAAAAUAAUGACAUUGUUACUUUGACUUGAGUCACGAUUUUAGUGAGAACGAUCAUUUUCGCUUCGUAAUUUCCACUUUCACUGAAAAACUAUUAAAAUGAUGAUGUGAUUCUGGCUACAUGAGGUCCGUCGCAAACAAACGUGUUUUCUUACAUUUGGAGAAUCCGAUUUGUGAGUCAGAGCGUCUCUGCAGCUUCACAGCAAUUCCUUUGUAAAGGUGUUUUAUCACACAUUUUACCUGGAUGGGGAAAAAAAAAAAAAAAAAAAAGCAGCUCCUGCAAAUGGGGGCCCUGCUCUUGACCAUACUGUGAUUUUGACAGUAUUUCAGCUCAUUGUUCAGGCCCAGCAUCAAAACAGCAGGGCUCAGUCCAGCCGCUGCAACAAGCCCAGCUCCAGCCCCGUGCACUCUGAGAGCUGGAUACGGAAAAAUGGAUGUCGUCUGGCAGGAUGUUGAUCUGACUGGAUAGCUUGUAGGGCUCAGUGUUAAUCUGUUGGAGUCGGGCGAAUAGCUAUUUGAUCGGGUUUGCUGCAAAGUUCGCCCCUUCAUGUAUGUGGAGUCGAGAGUCACUUCUGUCUGAGCUGAGUUACUGUUAGCUCCGUCAAAAGAGUAUCUACAUGAGAUAAUAUAUGAAAUCUGCGGUAGUUGAUGCAAACCGCACCCAAAAGUUUGCAGACUUGACACCGGUUUGGGCUCACAUGCUACGUCCUUUCCUUCCUUUAUGAUCUCUGGAUGUGUUCACCUCCAGUUUGGUUUUUCCCGGGCAGGUUACAGCCCAGAAUUCCUUGUGAAAACUUGCCACUUGCCACAGCCUCACACUAAAGCUCCCAGCGUGUCCAUGCAAUACGGCCCGCCACAGCUUGACGCCCCCCCCUCCCCUCCUGUGACCCGUGGGCCUCGACCGAGCGCUCUGUUUUCAAGAGCUCUUGCUUCACACUGUGAUUUCCACCCUCUUCCCUUCAUCCUGGACUUGCUGUCACUCACGCAUCGCCGUCCCUCCUUCGUUGGGUCCGACAUGAGCUUAGACGUGACGGCCGCCUCAGCGAGGACGCGGCACGAUGUCAGGGUGUGAUUGCCGGGCGACAGCACGACAACAUGAUGACGCGGUUUCAGUGGCGUCUUGUUUUUGUUUUUUGUUUUUUUGUUUUGGUUUUUUUGAAGGUCAUGUACAGUAUAGCACACAACAAAGCAACAAGAAGACAGAACUGUAAGGCGAGAAGAAAAUCUGAAUGUUUACGAAACGUUAGGGAUUUUUUGAGAACAUUUGGUGUGUGAAUAUUUGUAUACUGUAGAAGAAUUAAUAAAAAAAAAUGG